AUGGAGAGUGCUAAUAUGGAACAAAAUGACUUCGACAAGCUCAACCUAGAAGAGCUGCCUACUGAGCAACUUACGACCAUGCAGAAAACGCUUCAGCAACUCGUAGCGGCGGUACAGGAGAUCUCUAAAAACGGAACCGCCCAGGUAAAGCUCUCAGUUACAAAGGUCAGAGCAAAAGUAGAAGCGCUGCAGGCAAUUCCAUCCGCGCUCAAAAACCAGAACGAACUAACCCGCGCGCAAGCAAGGACCAGCGAAAAUCUUGUAACCCUCGCAAGCAAUUGCAUUGAAAGUGAAUGUGAGGAAAUAAGCAGCGAACUCAAAAACCUAGAAGGCGUAGAAGAACUGCUGCAAAAGCAAGACAGGCUCCUAUGCAAAGCGCUACGUCUCACUAUCAGCUGCGCGCGAGCAACUAACAAACUCGUAGACGAGUCUGUGGAAAGCAUAGAGAUUCGACCAAUGAAUUCAACAAAGGACCCUGCUGGCCUCCGACGACCGCUUGAAUCUGAGAUUUCGCUGCAGUUGUGGUCUAUUCGGACAGAUGGCGCAUGUAGCGAUACCUAG